CCGACACAAAAAUGUGUCUCACGCAGCCACCGCCAGCUCUGAGUUUAUCUUUCGGUUCCGUGAUGUGGACGGCUGGUUCCGGGGCCUGCGGACAAUCUUUCCUGGGAGGUUAUGGAUAGCAGAAUGCCAGUGUCUUGGAUAUGAUGCAAGGCAUUGCACGAUGUUGCAGUCUGCAUGGAGUCUGGACAGCACUUUACCAGUGCCUCAGCUCCCUCAGCAUUGGGCAAGGGCUAUUAUUGGUGCAUUAGCCGUUCUCUGUUUUGGGAUUAGUUAUGAUGGAGACUUUGUCUUUGAUGAUUCAGAAGCUAUUAUCAAUAACAAGGAUCUUAGACCAGAGACACCACUUAGCCACCUUUGGGAACAUGACUUCUGGGGUUCUAACCUGAUCAGCAACACAAGUCAUAAAUCUUAUCGACCACUCACAGUGCUUACAUUCAGGUUGAACUACCUGAUAGCUGGAGGAUUACAUCCAGUUGGCUUCCACGUGGUCAACAUUGCACUUCACAGUGUGAUCUCUGUAAUGACUCUUGAUGUCUUCUCGGUACUUUUAGGUGGUCUAGUACAUGAUGAGAAAGGGAGGCUGCUCAAUAGGGCACCAAAAGCAUCAUUUCUAGCUGCACUGUUCUUUGCUGUGCAUCCAAUACAUACGGAAAGUGUUGCUGGGAUUGUUGGCAGGGCAGAUCUCCUCUGUGCUCUGUUCUUUAUAUUGUCCUUCAUCAGCUAUUGUAAAGCCUUCAGAAAAUAUGAUACAGAAGGAGAGUUCUCUUUUUACUGGAUCUUUGCCAGCUUGCUGCUUUGUGCAAUAGCGAUGCUUUGCAAGGAACAGGGUAUCACAGUCCUGGUGAGAAAGUCACCGUUAUUCAGUUGGGAAAAUGGUGUGAAUACUGUUGUUGAUGCCCUUGUGAUCUGCAAAAUGGACAUCCUACACCUAGGCAUGGCACUGUUACGAAAGCCCAAAUUCUCUGAGAUGCUACUUCUGUGGAAAAGGGGAUUUUUUACACGAAUUCUACUGGUAGCAUCUGGCGGGAUUGCCCUUCUGUACAUCCGCUGGCGGAUCAUGGGCACAGGGCCCCCAGUUUUCACUGAAGUGGAUAACCCAGCAUCCUUUGCAGAUAGUGCUCUUGUGCGGGCAAUUAAUUAUAAUUACUACUACUCUUUGAGCGCAUGGUUAUUAGUCUGUCCCUGGUGGCUGUGCUUUGAUUGGUCAAUGGGCUGUUUACCUCUGAUUAAAUCAAUUGGAGACAUCAGAAUAUUUGCCCCUCUUGUACUUUGGUUCUUCCUUAUUGGGAUCUCGUUUCAAGCCUUAUUCUCCACGAACACGGAUGAAAAAAGAAUCCUUGUCUCUGGAAUUACACUUCUGAUCAUCCCAUUCCUUCCUGCAUCAAACAUUUUCUUCCGAGUAGGGUUUGUGAUUGCAGAGCGGGUAAUCUAUCUCUCCAGCACUGGUUAUUGCAUGCUGUUGGCUUAUGGCAUUUGCAUCUUGUCAAGACAUGGCAGGAGAUUCAAGAACAUCGUGUCGCUUGUAAUAGCAGGCUUGGUAAUUCUGAAUAUUAUGCAGUGUAUCCGGCGUAGUUGCCAUUGGAGAACAGAAGAAGACCUUUUCACAAGCGCACUAUCAGUAUGUCCAUUCAAUGCCAAAGUACACUACAAUGUUGGUAAAAAUCUCGCUGACCGAGGAAAAGAAAUAUCUGCAAUCCAGUACUAUAGAGAAGCUGUCAGACUGAACCCAAAGUAUGUCCAUGCUAUGAACAAUCUAGGAAAUAUCCUGAAGGAAAGGAAGGAGCUACAUGAAGCAGAGAAGUUGCUCUCCAGAGCUGUAGCCAUUCAACCUGAUUUUGCUGCUGCCUGGAUGAAUCUCGGAAUCGUGCAGAACAGUUUGAACAAAUUCGAAGAAGCUGAAAGGAGUUACUGGACAGCAAUAAAAUACAGAAAAAAGUAUCCAGACUGCUACUACAAUCUAGGACGUCUGUAUGCAGAUCUGCACCGUACUGCGGAAGCUCUGAAUGCAUGGCGGAAUGCUACUCUUCUCAAACCUAACCACAGUCUGGCUUGGAAUAACUUGAUCAUAUUACUUGACAAUACAGGUAAUUUAGCACAAGCUGAAGCAGUUGGAAAAGAAGCCCUAAAGUUACUACCCAAUGAUCAUACAAUCAUGUUUUCAUUUGCAAAUGUGCUCGGCAAAUUGAAAAAAUACAAGGAAUCUGAAAAUCUGUUUCUAAAAGCACUACAGAUUAAUCCUACUAUAGCAAGCUAUCAUGGAAAUUUAGCUGUACUUUACCAUCGCUGGGGGAGACUCAGUCUAGCUGAUAAAGAAUACAAGCUUGCUCUGAAGCUUGAUCCAACCUCUCCGGGGAUUGUGGAGAACUACAACUUGCUGAAGAAAAAAUUUGAACAAGUCAAGAAAGGCCAGCAUUGAUGGGAGAAGAUUGAAAGAUAACUGAACUUACAGAACCUCUCUAUCAGAAAAUGGUUAACUCUGACACUAUUGAAAUAAAUUUGCACACAAAUCUCAGCACAAGCCACUGGUACGUCAUGUUUGUACCGUGAAAGUGCUAGUUCCAUGAAUAUGGUUUCCCUGUAUAAUGGCGCCUUCAAAAGUUCACUGAAUUCUGUCUUAAAUGUUACAACAGUUUCAGCACUUGUAGGUAUUUGCACUAGUACACUGUCUUGAAAAAUCUAAUCCAAUUCCAAAAAUAACAGGCUGCAUGAGUAUUGGAACUGAUUUUAUGAUCCCAAUACUUUUACAGUAAAUCCAAGUACAGAUAAAUUUCCAUUUUUUUCUAUCAAAUCUAUAGGUUUUUACUUCACUGUUUUUUCUCAGUUCUACAGCGCCUUUUCCUUGAAACCUCACAUCACUUGGGACUUCCCCAGCUUUGAAUAACUAGUGGUCUAGAAGUUUCAUAAAUUAAACUCUUGCACUCAGGUACCAUAUUCAGUUAAUUGGCUUUAACAAUUGCAUUUUCUAAGAGAGACUAUACCUGCAUCUGACUCCAGUCAGAUCUCCUUGAACUUCCCAAAAGCUUUUGAACUAAAUGAAGAAAAAUGUUGCUUCUGCGAAGUUAUGUUUUUUCCCCCACUCUGGUUGUAAACCUCCACAGUAUAAACAAGCAUCCAUUUAACUCUCCAGGAGAUGUAGACUGAAUUAAAGCAGUGGUUCUAGAAUGACUGACCUAAUUAAUUUUUAAAUCUCUUCACAAAAAUAGACCAAUACGCAUUUGCCACUACUUUGAAAUCCAAACACCGUUUUUAAAAACAAGCCUCACUUCUUUCAUCAUUAUUAGGAUGUCGUUGCCCAAAUCUGAUAGUAAACCCUUUAAUCCAGUAUCACAAGUGGUAGAAUGAUGUGUUUUUGGACCCAGACGUGCAAGAGGUAAAAUGCACAGAGUUGUUUAAAAGCAUGAGGUGAUCUUAUCACAACAAACAAAAUUCUUACAGGCCACUUGAGGAAAGGUGUUGGCUGUGGUUAGGGGCAUGAUGGGGGUGGGAAUGAUCGAUGGUUGGUCAGAUAUUGAAUUUCUUCACCCAAAGGGUGGUGUAUCUUUAGAAUUCUCGAGCCUGGGGGCUAUGCUGAUUCAACAUUGAGUAGAUUUGAGACUGAGGUUGAUGGAUUUCUAUCUAUUAAAAUGUUAAGGGGAAUAGUGCAGGAAAAUAGUUUUGAAGUAGAGGAUUAGCCAUGAUCUCAUUGAAUGGCGGAGCAGUCUCAAAUGACUGAAUAGCUUACAUCUGGUACUAAUCCUCAUAUUUUUAUUCAAAUUCUGUCUUUCAGCUAAAUCGUAACAGAUCUUAGUCAUAUACCCAUCUUAGUUUGUGAUCCUAACACUUAUCCAAAACAAAUUUUCAAUCUCCAUUUUUAAACUUACAACUUACCCCAACCUCUCAUGCUUUUUGGGGUGGAUUGCUCCUGAUUGCUUCUACUCUUUGAGUGAAGAGGUGCCUCCUGACAUCAAACCUGAACAGCUUGACCUUAACUUCAAGAUUCUGCUGUUGCCACAGGAGAAAAGUUUUACCCCUCUCUCUGCCCUUCAGAUUCCUUUAGUUAUCUUAAACAUAUCCAUUAGACCAGUCCUAAAUCUUGUAAACCAGCUUCUCCGGUCAAUGCAGAAUUCCUUAUUUGAUCCUUAUAGUUAUUCUGGUGAAUCUAUGCUGCACAUCCUCCAAGACCCAGUAUAUCCUUUCUGAAGUGCAGUGCCCAGAAAACUGAUUGACAUGUUCUAACUUGAAUGUGGCCAAAGCUUUAUACAACUGUGGCAUUGUAUUCCAGAUUUGAGAUUAAUGGCCAGUGUUCCAUUUAUUUUGUUUUUGUUGUUGCAUCUGUCUGCUAGCAUUUUGUGAUUUAUGUCCUUGGACCCAUAAAUAACUCUGUUCCUUCACAGUUCCUGGUUUCUCAAUAUAUAGAAAACACUCUGGUCAACUUUAGUUGGGGCCCAUAUUGAAUGUCAUUUGUGACAAGGGAGAGUAGGGAGCAACUGACUUCUGUUUAGUUUUCCCAGUUUGAAGUUUCUUGUAUGAACAUUGAUGAGAAAUCAAUGCAUGAUCCAUCUGCAAGUGGAAGAUACUGAGAGAAAAUGUUAAAACUUUUAAAUUUAUAUUGAAGUAUUUUGCAUUGUUUCUGAAUGUGCCUUCAUUUUGGAUCACCUUGGGAAUUCUCAAAAUUAGAGCAAACAUUUAAGCAAAUAGUGAGUUUAUAUGGAAAUUUAAUUGCCGAAUGGGAUAUAUCAGUAGCAUGUUUUGAAUUGUGUAUAUUAAAAUAUGCUUUUACUAUACAUUAAAUGUUUGUAAUAUGAUAAAUAUUAAGUCUAAUAACUGUUUACCUCAUGUAUGACUGGAUUGUAAUAGUAGAUCACAUUAUUAAAGUUACAUAGAAUUUACAGAAUAAAAACAGGCCAUUUGAUCUAGCUGGCCCAUGCAAACGCUCUACAUGAGCCUUCCACUGCUA